CUCCUCGUCAUUUUCUCCUGAGACAGGAAACCAUAAAAAAUAAAAAAAAACUCAAGCAGCAGACUCGCUACUCCGACUUACUGCUACAAUGCCACGCCACAAGGGGCGAUCGAUUGUUCACUCGGGCUCUCUCUCUCUCUCCCCAGAUCUGCUAGCCGUCACCCGUCGUCAUAUUCUAUUCCGGCGGGGUUCAGUUCAGCCAUCGUUGGCUCUGUUGUUGCUUGAGUUUAAUUUGUGGGUCUUCCUAUUUCAGUUUGUGGAAUUUUGAUUUGGUCAGUCAGUUGGGGUUUCCGAUUUGGGCGACAGCGGUGCAAAAUCGUUGGGUUCCAUCUGGUUUUGCGAUUUCAGAGAGAGAGAGAUGGGUAUAGCUGGUGGUGGCUAUGGAGGUGUCGGAGAUGAGGGAUGGUGGUGGAGGUGAGUGUUUUUCUUUUUCUUUUUUUAUAAAUCAAGGGAGUUUUGGAAUUGGGUAGGGAUUUGUCCAGGCUAUUGUGUAGUAAAAAUAUUUGGCGGCUAGACGAAGUUAAAAUGUGCACUUUUUCUAGACAAAUUGCUUAGGAUCCUAUUUAGUCUAUUGGAGAUCCUCUAAAGAAAGAGGAGAGAGCGAGGGGUGAGAUGAGGAUAGUAGGACUGACCGGUGGGAUCGCAUCGGGGAAGAGCACUGUCUCCAACCUUUUCAAGCUUCACAGCAUCCCCGUCAUUGAUGCCGACCUCGUCGCUCGCGAUGUUCUAAAGAAAGGCACGGGCGGUUGGAAAAAGGUUGUGGCGGCAUUUGGUGAGGACAUCUUACUAGAUAAUGGAGAAGUUGAUCGGGCGAAACUCGGUCACAUUGUGUUUUCUGAUCCUGACAAGCGCCAACUUCUUAACAGGUUAUUGGCACCAUAUAUUUCAUCUGGAAUUUUCUGGGAAAUUUUGAAGCUAUGGAUGAAGGGCUACAAGGUUAUUGUUCUCGAUAUUCCUCUUUUGUUUGAGGCCAAGAUGGACAAGUGGACAAAGCCCAUUAUUGUUGUAUGGGUUGAUCCUGAAACACAACUUCAGCGUCUCAUGGAAAGAGACAGAACGUCCGUUGAAGAAGCCAAAAACAGGAUACAAGCUCAGAUGCCUUUGGAUUUGAAAAAAACCAAAGCAGACAUUGUGAUUGACAACACCGGAUCGCGUGAGGAGCUGAACGAACAUUUUCAGAGGGUACUAACCCAUGUCUCAAAGCCCUUGACGUGGUCUGAAUUUGCCCUCUCUAGACAGGGAGCAUUUGUGGCUUCUAUAUUGGUUUUUGUGGGUGUCAUCAUUUGCAGGAAAACCCUAUAACCACAGUGUGUUUGUGAUUUGUUGUACUUUUAUCCUUCACCUCCUCGAAACAUAUGAGGCUGUUUGGGAGCCAUUGUGUUCUCAUUGUGCAUUAUAGUAGUUUGCUUGUUUGAUUACAGAUUAUGGAAUGCAUUCUGCAAUAAUGUAUUUGAAAAAUGAUUUGGUGGGUGCAGAAUCCAAAAA